UUUAUUAACAUUUAUCAAAUAUGAAAAUAAUCAUAUUUGAAUUAUUAGAACAACAGUGGUCGAUAUGUCCGAGUGGUUAAGGAGACAGACUCGAAAUCUGUUGGGCUCUGCCUGCGCAGGUUCGAAUCCUGCUGUCGACGGGUUCUUAUUUUUAUUACCUAUUUUUUCCACUUACCACAAUCACAAUCUAACCCUUUUUGGCUCUCGCAAAAAAUCCCUCCAUUUUCAUGGCUUCCUCCCUUGGCUUCAGUCCCACUUCAGUCCCUUCUCUCUACCCAAUUCCCACCCAAAGAAGCUUCACUCCCAUACGCUGCGGCCCACGUGACAACCGUGGACCUCUCGUCAAAGGUCGCACCUUAAGCAUCGAAGCAAUCCAAGCCAUCCAAUCCCUCAAAAGGGCCCAGCGAAACUCUUCAUCAUCAUCGACAACAACAAAUACCCAACUCCCUUCCCUCUCCCGCCUCAUCAAAUCCGACCUCGUCGCCGCCUUACGCGAACUCCUACGGCAAGAUCAAUGUGCCCUCGCCCUCCACGUACUCUCCACUGUCCGAUCAGAAUACCCGCCUCCCGACUUGACUUUGUACGCUGAUGUUGUCACCGCGUUGGCCAGAAACCGUCUGGUGGACGAGAUCGAUGGGUUGAUUGGAGAGAUGGAAGGGAUAGAGUGUGAUGACGAGAAGGCCCUUGUGAGGUUGAUCAAGGGUGUAGUACGAGCUGGGAGAAAAGAAUCAACGGUCAGGAUUUAUGGGUUCAUGAAGGAAAAUGCAGUGGGGUCCAGGAAAAGAGUCGGGGAGUAUGUGGUUAAAGUUUUGAGUAAAGGAUUGAGAAGGUUUGGGGAAGUGGGUUUGGCUUCGGAGGUUGAAAGGGAAUUUCGUGAAUUAUCAAGGGUUAAUUUGGACAAAUCGAGAAUUUAGGGAGAAAAAUGGGUUUCUAAUGAAAAGUAAAUUUUUUUUUCGUAUUUGAAAUAGCUUAGCUACUUCCA